CUAGCAAACUUGACAAAAAUGCCGCACAUCCCAGCCGAAAAGUGUGCAAAGCCCAUACUUGACAAAAUACGCUUGUGCACUGAUCUUUUGAAUUAUGAAAGGUACAUCAAGGACUGCGCUCCGGGUGCUCCCAUGUGCCUCAAGCCAGUUCCCGAUCCGCUCGCUGGACUUCCCCGUUCCAGUGUGGACGCCCAAUGCCUGCGCCGCUCCCUCGUGCCCAUCGUGUUCAUCAUUGGCGGCCCCGGGUCCGGCAAGGGCGUGCAGAGCGACCUCAUCGCCAAACGGUUCGGGCUCACGCACCUCUCCGUCGGCGACCUGGUGCGCCAGGAGAUCCGGGCAGGCUCCGGCGUGGGCCGAUUCGUCGCCCCCAUCGUGGAGGCCGGCGAGGAGGUGCCCAAGGAGGUCAUCCUGGAGCUGCUCAAGCAGGCCAUGCUGUCGCGAUUGAAGACGUCUCUUGGUUUUCUCAUCGACGGCUUCCCUCGGGACGAGGCGCAGGCCGUGGCCUUCGAGGAGGAGGUGGCGCGGGCGCACCUGGUCAUCUACCUGGCGGCGAGGGACAGCACGCUGGCUCGGCGGCUGGCGGGCCGCGGCCGCGAGGACGCCGACGAGGACGUGGCGGCCGAGCGGCUGCGCGUGUUCCACCGCCACACCGAGGUGCUCAAGCGGGCCUUCGGGCGGCGUUGCAAAGUGGUGAGCGCGGAGGGCGAGCCGCUGGCCGUCUUCGCCAUCAUCACGGGCCACUUGUGCAGCAUGGCCAACGAGUGGGGCUUCCGCACGGCCUACGAGCACUGCCCCAAGGGCUACGUGCCGCUGCACCGCCUGCAGCGCAAGUAG